AUGGAUAAAGACUCAACCUUCUCAUCAGAGAAGUCUUUGAUUGAUAAUGUAUAAGUGAAGAUUGAUGAAUUCAAAAAGUAGCAAGGACAUCUUGAUAGAUAUCAUGAAAAAUAUAGAUUAGCUAAAAAGCUUAUUAAGGAAUGGGGUAAUUUACUUAAAAAGACUAAACAAGGAGCUUAGAAAAUAGUUGAAACUUAGCUCAAAAAUAUGGAUAUUUGCUACGAAGAUGAAGAGUCAAUAAAUGGAAUAAACCAAAUUUUAAAUUUAGUAAAGGAUAUGAUAAAUAUCUUUUCUGCUAAAAUUGGAUUAUAUGAAAAUGAGCUAUUGAAGUAGCAUCUAAUUUUAAAAGAACAAGGAAGUAAAUUAUACUAAAUUAAUAAACAAGUGAAAGACUCUUACAAAACCGAAAAAGAAUUUUAUGAUCAAAUAACUAAAAAAUUUUAAGAUCAGCAAUGCAAAAUCGUGAAGAACUCUUUUAUAAAAUUUAGAAUGACUGAAACAUUUCAGGAAUAAAACAGUAAAAAUGAUAAAAGUGUUUCAAAUGGCUCUACAUCUCUUUUAUAAACUAAUUAAAGCUAUAUGAAUACAACUGCAAACUCAUUUAACUUGGUAUUAGAAAUGUUUAAAUGUGAAAUAGAGAAGUAAAUGAUUAUGUCUUGCAAUAAAUGUAUUUAAUCAAUAUUGAGUAUAACUAAUGUGAUGAAGCCUUUUGAAUUUGAAAGUUUAAAGUCUCAAAUUCCCAAUUUUAUUAUUGAAAGAAAUAAAAUGCAAUUAGAAGUGAUUGAUGAAUUUCUAAAACGUUCAAGAGCCUCAAAAGAGAUUAAUAGCAAAAUGAUUUCUUAAAAUCAAUUGACUCAUAGCUUUUGCUAUCAAAAUUUUAAGGAAUUUUCAUAGUAAUUUCAGAGUACUUCAUUUUAAAAGAAAUAAAAAGAAAGCAGAUUUUAUAAUCAUGACUAAGCAAUUGCUAAUAAAUCGCCAUUUUCUUUAUAUGAAACAAAUUUUAAUCCAUUCUCUCAGAAUGCAGAUAUUGAAUAAUCUAAUGUUGAAAAAAUAAGUGUUUUGUAAAACAUGUAAAUUAACAAACUAAAAGAAAAAAAUGAGCUCUAAAUAUCUGAAAAGCAGAGUUUAGCCUAAUCUGAAAUAAAAUAUAACUAGACUCCAUAAAAAUAAAAUUUAAACACAUCAAAAGAAUCAAAACAAAAAUUCAAUUAAGCAUCAAAUUAGCAAUCAAACUCACCUUAUUGCAAAGAAUUCUAAUUUACCGUACAUUAAUCAGACCGUUAAAAUGAUUCAUCAAAAGAUCAAAAAACCAACUUGAAGAGACAAUAAGAAAAUAAACAAAAUAGUGAAUUACACAAAUAAGAAUGA